AUCACUUUACUGACUAACCUUGCCAAAGUGAGACAUCGUGUUCCGCUGUCUUUGUGAAGUGCACAAAAAACGUGCAUUUUCCGGAAUUUUCUCAGUGAUUUUCAUCUCCGUGUAUAUAAAAAAAAACGAGGCAUUCGUAGUUAAAACACGCGAAAGCCACAUACCAAAAAAAAAAACUCUUGUCUGUUACAAAUGUAGUCCCACGGGGUGUAUCCGUAGUUUCUAUUACUUUCGGCUUACGUUACUUUUAUAUGUGUCUUUCCGAAACCUUCACCAGUCGGUUUGCAGUGUUUGUGUCCAUCGUACGUUCGUUCGAGCUGAGGUUAUACGCGAAAGUUGCAAGAAAUAUUGCCUUCUGUGUCGUGAAGUAACAUAUCGCUUGCCUCAAUUUCUCGGUGCUGCUACGUGUGUUUUUGGCCGUGUUUGCAUAACCGAUCAAUCCAACAUCCAGAGGCCUGUUCCCACUACCCCGGCCCACAAGUGGUGACCUCGUCGGCAAAGAAAGUGAGAGAAGAGCACUAGGAGAAAGUGAUCCCUUAUGCUUGGCUGAAACAAGUCCAACGAUUUCAUCAUUCGGAUUGAUCAGAGCAACUUGAUCACUGGAGGAGGAUAUACUGUUCAGUCUGCAGAGACCGGUCGAGUCUUCGGAAAGUGUUUUAGUUCAAUCGGAUUGCAAUCUAGUGCAUCCGGCCUACACAUCUCAACACAAUUGUGAUCAGUGACCUUAAGGUCAGGAAACCGUAACUAAUCAUCUCAUUGCUAUAUCGUCUCAAUCUUACCAACGCGCCAGUUGUGUAUCUCAUUUACACUGGGCUCUACAGUGCACGGCCACAACCCAAUCGCCUCAUUCCAAUGGGUUGACACGUCUACGACCACACGUGAGUUCGUGCCGCCAGCAGAACGAGCAGAAGCGCUCAACCGCCCAGAGGAAGAGCUGUUGGCCGGAGCGGAGAAGAACCUACCGUCUCCGGAGUGUUUCCAGUGGUUCCGGUAGCAGAGUGCUUCACUAAUCGUCCAUUCCGCUGCCCAUUUAGUGUAUGGUGCUGAUUUUGUAGAACGAUCUUUUGAAACAUUGCCCAAACAAUUCAACGUUGAUCGAGGAGUUCCCAGGAGAUAAUACAUCCUGCAUCCCGGACGCUCGCCGAAAUCAACUUCAACCGAUUUCCAAUGAGAGUAGUCCAGUGCGCAAGGUAUCUAACAGCGGCGUCCCACCAGGCAUCCGUCUGCCCAUUCGGUGUACCAUCAAUCCGAGGACUGGGGGAACUGUUCUGCUACAGUUACUACGCCGUCGCCACCAUUCUGCUGCACCUGUUUGCCGUCCUGGCGCUGAUCAUCGCUGACCUCAACUAUAGUGUACCGAUCGGCUGCUGGCAGCCAUAGAAACGUACUACUUCUUCGGCGCAUCAAUUAUUCCUGCAGGGAUUUGUUCUGCUCGCUGGGACACGUGACCCCGACCGGAACACCGACCAGUGAUCGUCAAUAGCGAACAUUCCAUUUUGUGUUGCUGUGUUUUCCCGUAUCGCACGGAAACGGCUAACAUCAUGCUGAAAGUUGUUGGAGCAUCUUGGCAUAAGACCCGUAUAGGGUCCUACAUUCUAAUCGGCGCCUCAAUGCUAGCGGUGGCUGCUCUAUUCCUGGCCGGUAUGGAGCGCCCCAACUACAAAGGAACCUACUGUGCCACGACGUACUGGGCUCGGAAUUCCGGCUAUCGUCUGGAAUUCUGGGGCCAGCGUAAUGAUCUCGAUCUAGUACCGAAGGGUGCGGUCCGUGCGUGUUUCCAGGACAGCAUUUUGACGAAUGGAUGGUCUCAACUUGAGCUAGAAUCUCAGUCAUCCUAUUCAGACACGGUACAAGCGUAUGCGGCCGGUAUAAUGGAAGGUGCCCUAACAUGGCACAAUAUUUACAUGCAUUGGUUUAACACCAUCGAUGCAGUUUGCUCGAAAGAUGAAGAAUCGGAAGAGUUUUGCGAUUGGUUGCGAGGUCUUAUCACUACCAACGUGGAUACGGUGAAAAAGAUGGCAGAUAUGAAGGGAAAGCACGAUUACUACUGGUACCAGAUUGCUUUAUUUUACGAUCAACUCGAUGGGCUGGAAAUCGGUUUCCGGAAGGGUGUGAAGCGUUCGCGAAUGGAUUACGAAAUUCCGAAGCAGGAUUUUUUGCUGAUGAACGCUGCGGUCGAUAUUCGUGAUCUGAAGAUCUACUACACGAACUUUUUGAUGGAAAACAGUGGUCUCAAACCGGACCCAGCGAAGGGUAUUAUGCUGCUGAAGUUGCUGAAACAACCGAAUGGGCUGUCGAAGAUCUUCCUUGGUCACACGUCCGACGGUAGCUAUUCGUCGAUGUUGCGUAUGGUGAAGAAGUAUACGCUAAGGUAUCACUUCUCGGCGGACGUAUCCCGGCCUGCAGUUCCCGUUCGAGAGACGGCAGAGGAAGAUCGCUACGUAGUGCCUGGUACGAACAUCGUUUUCACCGGGUAUCCUGGGGUUCUUGCAUCGUUGGAUGAUUUUUACGCAAUUAACGGACGCAGACAGCAUAGACUAGUUGCUGCCGGUGUGAAAAUGGAAAACGAGCACGUUAAUCUGUGGCGUAAGAUCGAUCUGGUGCGCUCAGUUUCGCUAGCGCCGCGUGUAAUGGCAGCCAAUCGGCUCGGUCAUAGCGGUCGCUCUUGGGCUCGUUACUUUGCCCGCAACCCAUCCACAGGCGUGAAACAAUGGUUGAUAAUUGAUAUGUCACGCUUCGUAGCUAGUAAUAGCAGUGAGAUAGAGCUGCUGACAGCUACACCACCAUCGUCGGAUGAGGUGGAUAGAUCGGUAGAAGAAAAUGAAAUUCCAACGACACUGGAACAGGAUCUGGCUGAUAGCGAACACCAGCAGCAGCGUAUUGUGACCAAGCGGAUGGAAGACUACGUGGACGAUGAUUUCAAGGAGCAAUUGUCUGGUGCACGACAGGUUCGAAUGGUAACGGUGCCAAAACAGGCAGAAUCCGUUGAUGCAGAGGAAAUUGCAUUUGGAUCGGGAAUGUUUUGGGUAGUGGAUCAAUUGCCCGGUCGGCUACAUGCGGAAGACAUUACCGAGAAGAUCGUUUCCGAUGGUUAUUGGUUAACGAAUGGUGUACCCUAUUUUAAGGAAGCACUCGACAUUGGCCAGGCAAACACGAACGCUACCACCACUACCUCGACGGCAAUGGAAAAGAUUCUGCAAAACAUCACAGAUCUCGAAACGCUGGCCAAGUUCUUCCGUCAGUCCGCAUACCGGGGCGAUUUAGAUCAGGAUGACCCGGCCGCAUUUGGUAAUAUCGAUCUGAAACUGUACACAGAAGCAUCUGAUGGAACAGCACAUUUCCGGGCAUAUUCUGGACCACUUUAUGAUCCCGUACGAAAUACUGGACAAGCAGCAAAGCGGAGCAUAAUUAAAUCGGAACAAUUACAACAAUCUUCUUCCGAUCAAAAAUCGCAAACGCAAACCGAUUCAGGCUCUGCGGGCACCUCCGUAGGCUCUCGUCCAUUUGAUUGGAGCCGAAUUUUACCGUUCGAGGUGCGCCAUCAGGGACACCCAGAUGUUUGGGACUUUGAGCAUAUUACUCCAGAAUGGGCGUGGAUAUGACUGCGGCAGGACAUACCUUCUGCGAUGCAGCAAUAGUCGGAAGGUGUUAUCUCUUUAAUUCAAAUAUUUCCUCAAGCUACUCCUCCACCUAUGAAAGGGCAAUACCGCUCACAUAUCACAAUGUCUUCCGAUAGCUUUACGAUAGAUCCAUUUUCAAAAUCCUUACGAAGUGAAGCCUUACUUUGAACACAAAACUCUUCGAAUAGUACUUUUAAAUCAAUUAUAGACAAAUGCUACAUAUUGCGCAAAGUUGCUGUUCCUGUUGAUGGCGUUGCGUUAGCUAAACACAUUUUAUAGACCAAUUUGAAAUGAAAGAGAAAAAAAAGCGAAAGGAAUGAAAAUGUA